GGGUCUUGUAAAUGCGCCAUGAAUCCGUAUGAGUAGCUUGUUGUAAAAACGGAAUGUCUCUGUGCUGACAGGCCCAAGUCUAACGUUAUAAAUUCAACACAGUAGCAUUUGAGGAAGAAAUACUGCGAUAUAUCGGCAAACCAAGAUGGAGUGCGAGUGGAAACCAGAUGAGCAAGGACUUCAGCAAAUUCUACAGCUUUUGAAAGAGUCCCAGUCUCCGGAUACGUCCACUCAAAGAUCCGUCCAGCAAAGAUUGGAACAGCUCAACCAAUACCCAGACUUCAACAACUACUUGAUAUUCGUGCUGACGAAGUUGAAAUCAGAAGAUGAGGCGACCCGCUCUCUUAGUGGUCUGAUCCUAAAGAACAAUGUGAAGGCCCACUACCAGAACUUCCCCAAUGGAGUGUCUGACUUCAUUAAGAGCGAGUGUCUACAGAACAUUGGAGACGCCUCGCCCCUCAUCCGGGCCACCGCGGGUAUCCUCAUCACCACCAUUGCCUCUAAAGGGGAGCUGCAGAACUGGCCCGAGUUGCUGCCCAAACUCUGCCUCCUGCUGGACUCUGAGGACUACAACACCUGUGAGGGGGCGUUUGGCGCUCUUCAGAAGAUCUGUGAGGACUCAGCAGAGAUCUUGGACAGUGACGUGUUGGACCGUCCGCUCAACGUUAUGAUCCCAAAGUUCCUGCAGUUCUUCAAACACAGCAGCCCCAAGAUAAGGUCUCAUGCCAUCGCCUGCGUCAACCAGUUCAUCAUCAGUAGGACCCAGGCCCUAAUGCUGCACAUCGAUGACUUCAUCGAGAACCUGUUUGCCCUGGCGACUGAUGAGGAGCCAGAGGUGAGGAAGAACGUUUGCAGAGCUCUGGUCAUGCUGCUGGAAGUCCGCAUGGACCGUCUCCUAACCGCACAUGCCACAACAUCAAGAGAGGACAUGGACCGUCUCCUACCGCACAUGCACAACAUCAUAGAGGCUGAUUCCGGUGCUCGUCAACGGGAUGAAGUACUCCGAGAUCGACAUCAUUCUGCUCAAGGGUGAUGUGGACGAGGAUGAUGAUGAGGCCAUCCCUGACAACGAGCAGGACAUCAGGCCCAGGUUCCACCGCUCCCGUACCGUUGCCCAGCAACACGAGGGCGACCGUGACGGCAUCGAGGACGAUGACGAUGAUGAUGAUGAUGAUGACCUGGACGAUGAUGACACCAUCUCUGACUGGAACCUCCGUAAGUGUUCAGCAGCAGCGUUGGACGUGUUGGCAAACGUGUUCAGAGAUGACCUGCUCCUCCCCAUCCUGCCUCUCCUCAAAGAGCUGCUCUUCCACCCAGAGUGGGUCAUCAAGGAGUCUGGUAUACUGGUCCUGGGGGCCAUCGCUGAGGGUAAGGACUAUUACCAGUCGCUAUCUUACCUCAGCGAUGGCCCCCAGGAUCCAGUAUACCAGUCUCUGCUAGCCUUACCCCCCAGCGAUCAGCCUGCUGAUUUCAUGCCUAUACUAGGCACUAAUCUGAACCCAGAGUUGAUAUCAGUGUGCAACAAUGCAACGUGGGCAAUCGGAGAGAUAUCUAUACAAAUGGGGGCUGAGAUGCAGCCCUACGUGACCAUGGUCCUGCACCAGCUGGUUGAGAUCAUCAACAGGCCCAACACCCCAAAGACCCUGCUGGAGAACACAGCAAUAACAAUUGGUCGUCUUGGUUACGUUUGUCCUCAAGAGGUGGCACCCAUGCUACAGCAGUUUAUAAGACCCUGGUGCACCUCUCUAAGGAACAUAAGAGACAAUGAGGAAAAAGACUCAGCGUUCCGAGGCAUCUGCACUAUGAUCAGUGUCAACCCUGGAGGAGUGGUACAGGACUUUAUAUUUUUCUGUGAUGCAGUGGCCUCGUGGGUAAAUCCAAAGGAUGAUCUGCGAGACAUGUUCGGCAAGAUCCUCCAUGGGUUCAAGAACCAGGUGGGCGAGGAUAACUGGAGGCGUUUCUCAGACCAGUUCCCACUGCCUCUGAAGGAACGGCUGGCGGCCUUCUACGGGGUGUAAUGCUUUCCAUAGGAACAUACCUGUUCAAGGGGGUCAUUCACUAUGGGAGACGACGGACGGGGAACCUCUUAUACCCAGGGAACAUGUUACCCUUUACUGGGGGUAGGGUCUGCCAGCUGGGGAGGGAGGGGGGUGCGGACCGGGACCCUCCUCAACCUUCUUGACGGGCGGGGUGGGAGGGAGGUGUUAGCCAGCAGAGGCAGUCAAUGCCCCCCAAGCAACAGGCGAGGGGGACACGGGGGAGCCAGCAGGCUAACUUAAUCAAGGGAGGAAACAUUUAUUUAAUAAUUUCAACAUCUCAUUCAGAAAUGAAAAGACAUUGUCAGCGUAGCCAUUUUUGUUUUCUCUUUUAUUUUUUUUAUUUUCAUUCGAGCUCUCCAGCAACUCUACUGAGUGGACAUUUGAAUCAAAACGCAGGAAAAAAACAAUGCAAAACUUUGUAAAUGCUUCUGUCGUUUAGUUGUGGUAAAAUCAUGGGUUUAUACUUACCGGGGGGGGAAUAGUGCUGAUUGAUGAUCAGAUUUCAGUUAAGAGCUUUUAAAUCUAUACGUAUCGACCAGAAAGUGCCACUGAGAGAUAAGUGUAGGGGGAGGGAGUGUAGAACUAGAAAGAAUGAUACCGACCAUAGAAUUGAUAUGGGGGUGGUUAUACAAUAAUGUAGUGGGCAUAGAAAUAACAUUAAAAGUCUGAAAGAAAACAGCAUAGCAGCUGUCCUCAACUGCCAGGACAGCUGCUAGCCAAGCAACCACAACAGAGGUAAUAGAGUAAAGAAAAUGCUGAUAUUAUCGUAUUUAUCUAACCAGCCAUUUUUUUGGGGGGGGGGGGGACACUGCCUUUGCAUAUCUUCGAAUAACAAUAGCCUGUCUUUUAUUGUAGUCAUCAAUCAAAGUAAUUGCGUUGAGUUAAUGAAAGAAAAAUUGGUAGUGGCAUAUUUAAAGUAAUAGAUUAAUAAACAGUAUUUUUAUGGCAGGUCAGAAGCUGUGUUGAAUAAAUCAUUCAGUCAAACACGUCACAGACAGAAAGAGUGCAUAUGAUUCUAUAUUUGUUGUGGUUGAAAGUGACUUGUCUUAAAAACAGGAAAAUAACUAAGUAGCAUGCUUACAUCAAAGUGGGAAGUGGGUAAGGAGGGUGUACAUCAGUAGAGUGAUCUGUGUGUUGCAUCAUCGGAUAGUUGUGGUAUUUCUUGCAUAGCCUUAUGAUAAGGUUUCUUAAACAAACAUGUAGUUUGUCCUUUUUCAGUUUUCUGUCCGCCCACCACCCCCUAUGUUUACCAGAGGCUUUCCAGUCAGUGUCUAGCAUGAACUGGGUUUACAUACAUACAAUAUAUAAACAUACAAGUCUGAUAUUGAUAUUCUCAUCUAGUUGAAUCCAUAUACUGUAGCAGGGUUUUGGUUGUGAUUCUAAAAAGAGACCUUGAACACUGCUACAUACAUGUUAAAACUCUGAGAUAAACUCUCAGGCUGCCUCUGUUCUGUGGUGUGGAAGUGAUGUGUUCUGUGUGCAUGGAUGUUUUACUAGCUGCCAUAAUAUCAGCUUUCCUGACCCCAUAUUGUUUUAAAUAUCAAAUUCUGUCUUUCUCACAUUUGUGAAAACAGUACUUGGGCUCGAUUGUGGCAACGUAAGACUAUAUUGUUUAACAGUGUCGGAGGGGGGGGGUUAUGGAAACUGCAUACAGGGCUUUAGCUGAAAAUGUUCACCCUUUUGUUAUUAGGACUGUAACACAAGUCCUCCUGUCUUGAUAGUUUGUCUGUCUGUGACCUUGGUUGGUUGUCAAUCCAAAACUCAACAGCAAGCAAUUGUAAAAAAAAAAAAAAAAAGUUAAAAAAAGUUUUAUGUACUGUGUUUUUUUUGUUAUUGUUGUUGUUGGUUUGCUUUUUUUGUGAAAAGCAUGAUCUUUGAGGAUGAUUGUAAUGACUGUUUUGAAUGCAGGGUAUUCGAAUGCUUGAUUCCUUGCAUGUUGGUGGUCCUUUUACAUCCCAAACUAGACAAGGGGAGGUGCAUUUCAAUUGAACUAAAAAGUUACGGAAAUUCUUAUUUCUUCACUACCCCAUUUCGCUGACAUACAAUAUCAGACUUUUAUUUUGAAAGUUCAACUUUUAUCUCAUACAUACCUGCAGGACGAUUUUCCCCUUAACCUAUAACCCACGUGCAAAUGUAUUGUUUGUUAUCUUGUUAAAUACUGUGAAGUUAGAACUUAAAGAAAAAAAUGUUUUUUGUUCCUUUUUGUUUUGGUGUGUUAUUGUUUUGACUCCGUAAAGUGCAAACGUCUUGAGGUCGUUGAUUGCCCGAAUGUAUCCCAUGGUGGGUGGGAAUACAGUUUUAUGCCCAGCCAACCAAUCAGAUUCACUCUGCAGGUCAGAGUAAUUGUUGCAGUAUUUUGUCUGCCUCGCAGGGCAUAUUAAAAGCACUUGUUCAGACAGAAAAUGAAUUCUGCAUACUGUAGUAGACUCACACAAUCGCGUACUGAUAUAGUAUUUGUUUACAGGAGACUUAUACCACUAAACACCUCUUGUAUUACUUCA